UGGAACCAGUGUUCAAUGAUGGUGUGGUAAUAGUGAGCUCCACGAAGAGCUAUCGCUGUGAGGAGUUUGUAUGGGGAAUCACCAUAACUUCAAGGAAUACACCCGUACAGUCCGAAACCGAAAUGAGGCAGGUGAAGAAUAUUUUGCCUUGAUUACGUACAUCCAGGUGUGUGAAAGGCAUUUCCCAAAAUGGCAAGUUCUGGGGGAGGAAAAGAGGGAGACAAACCUAUUCUGGUACAACUGGCCCCUGAGGGCAUACAAGCUGCAACAAGCUGGUCACAGAUGAGGAACUGGCAAGGAAGCUCCAACAAGAAGAGGAACAGAGAUCAACGCAAUUUCUAGCGGACCAGUUGCUUUCGCUCAACAACUUGCCGAGGAGAUGAAUGGACAGGAAAAUGGAGCCGCCAGUGAUAGUGAGUGUGCUGAACAAUUGCAGAAAGAGUUUAAUCGCUAUCGGGGAAUGACGGAAGUGGACUCACUCCUGGCGCAGGCAGCUUCAGAGGCAGGAGGAGGAGGCGCCAGCGCCGGAGACACAUGCAGCAGCAACAACAGCUAGGAUUUCAACGACUCAGGGGAGGCGUCCCAGAGGUGGGCCAGUCUGAUGCAGAUGUUGGUCACCAGGGGGCAGGCCUCCGACCCCGUGUGAUCGGACACCCUCAAAGAGUGACUGUGGUUCAGAGUGGGGGACCAGCAAGGAACUUCGUACAGUUCGCCUCGGCGCAUCCGUUCAGGAGACAAAGAUUUCCGAUCCGACACCAACAGGCUGCCGCCCAGCUCCCAGAUGGAGAGUUUGACCCGAGACAAUGCUAUUGUCCAUUGGAGGCGGCAUGAACAGCGAUUUCAUCAACAUCAUGCAAGACCCAAUGCUGUUGGUGAUGGCGAUGAGCCGGGCAGCAGACUUCACGGGCAAUGAGCAGAACGUGGAUGUCAGUGACUACGAUGGCCUGUGGGAGUUGGCAGAGAGGCUGGGGGAGGUUCAGCGGAAGGGGGUCAGUGAGGAGGAGAUCGGGAACCUGCCCACACAUUCAUUCCAGGCAGGUGCUUCAGCAGCCCAGAACACAGACUGCCAGGUGUGUCUGACUGCCUUCCAGCCGGGGGAGACACUCCGCACUCUACCCUGUCUACACGAGUAUCAUAGCGAGUGCAUUGACGAGUGGCUGAAGAGAAACGCCACGUGCCCGAUAUGUCGGCAGGAUGUCAGACAGUGAUAGAGCAUCUUCAGAGGUCAUUGGAGGUCAUCACAUACACAGACAAUACUUACUAGGGCAGCGGACAAGUCGCUCUGAUUGUGAGAAAUUAUGUCUGUACAAGCCGCACAGACUAGCUGAUGAUAAAUGUUGGCCAAAA